AUGAGGAAUGGAGCGAAGAAGCGAAAGAAACAAAUGGAGGUUGUUCACGACAAUAGUAGGACGAUAUCGGAUAUCACUUUUCAGAGGACACAAGAAGCAAAUGCAUUUCAAAUUCCGUAUUAUAAACUGCUUAAAACGUAUUUCAUACUUACGGGACAACAUCCAUCUCAGUCGAAUUUCGUGAACAAGUUUAUCGCAACGCUGAUAGUUGGGACUCUCGUUAGUUACAUAUUGCCUACGUAUUUCCAAAUACACGUAUCGUCACGUGAGAAGGAUUGGAACGGAGUCAUAGAGUGUAUGCCACAUCUAGUUACAUCUAUUAUUAGCAUUACAAAAUUAAUGAGCCUCCAACUCAACAGAAAAGACUUACAAAAAUUAUACGUCUCCGUGAAAAAAGACUGGGAGAUAUUGGAGCUUAGCGGUGAUUUACACGUUCUGGAAGAUAUGACCAAAACAGGAAGUAAAAUUGCCCUAUUAUACAGGUGUAACUUAUUACUCUUAUUGACACUAUUCGUAUUGAUUCCAAUGUUGAAUCCCGCAUUGGAUGUCAUUAUGCCGCUGAACGAAACCCGACCACGGCAGACAGUAUUUAAAGCUUACUAUUUUGUGGGCGACGAUGAGUAUUUUUAUUCCAAGUAUUGGCACGCGACAAUAUCUGCAGCCGUGUGUGUGCUACCGAUAGUCGGUGUUGAUUCUUUCUACAUGACCAUAGCUCAUCAUGCUGCAGGAUUGUUUGCAGCUUGCGGGUGUAAGAUUAGAAAACUGACAGAAGAUAUGGGUAAAAGAGGAAUAGCUUCGGAAGACAUUGGAUUUGAAGAAGUCCGUCAAUGCGUCGUUGCGCACAACAAAGCACUCGAAUUCGCAGCGUUUCUGGACAAUAUGAACCGACAGAAUUUCUUACUUCAGGUUGGGUUGAACAUGAUCGGUAUCAGCGUCACAGCUUUUCAAGCUGCCACGCACUUGAGCGAACUCGAUCAAGUAAUGAGAUUCGGUAUGUUCUGCAUAGGACAAAACUUUCAUCUGUUCUACAUCAGCGUACCUGGACAGAUAAUUGCUGAUCAAAGUAUAUAUCUAGCACGAACCCUGUACGACUCCGAAUGGUAUAAUGCACCAGUGAAAAUACAAAAAAUACUUCUCAUAAUCCAAAUGAGAGCCAGCAAACCGUGCGAAUUAACUGCAGGUGGACUGUAUAAAAUGAACGUAGAAACGUUUGGAAUGACUUUUAAAACGUGCAUGUCGUAUUUCACAAUGAUGCUCUCUAUGCAAGAAUGAUGAAUUAUAUUUUCGAUCCGCGUCAAAUGGACUAGUCGAUCUGUAUCCGAAUAAAAUUGUAAAUUCCUGUCUGA